CCCCCCGCCUACUCUCUCUCUCCUCCCUCUCUCCUUCCUCUCUCUCGGGGAUCUAGUCGGAUCCAGUCUGGAAGGAAGCGGGCUUCCUGGUGCGAGAUAAUCGGCAGAUGAUGUGAGUUAAUGAGGCGGGGAUGCGGGGGGACAAACUCAGACGCGCUCCUCUCCGGCGACGACAGGUGCGCAACUAGCGAGCGGCGCGGAGGACAGGGCGGAGGAGAAGACAGGAUAAAGGAAUUAAGCGGGAGGGAGAAGGUGGCAAGUAACCGGAGCAGGAAGGUGAAAAGGCACAAACAGUCCCCGGGGUUCUCGCCAUGGAAACGGGGCAGAGCGCGCAGGUCGCCGACAUGGGAGGGGAGCACUCGUCCCAGGGGGUGAGCGUGGUGGAGCGGGACCGGGACAGGGACCGGGAGAGGGGCGAGGUGGCCAGCCCGAGUCCGCCGUUCAAGCAGCGCUCCCUGCGGGUCGUGUACGUCCUGAACGACGGGCUGAAGGCGGUGAUGGCCAGCAGCCCGGAGUCCGGAGCGCUGCAGUCUCUGCAGAGGGCCUGCGACUCGGAGAGCGCCCUGCUCACCACCGUCACCUUCGGGAGGCUGGACUUUGGGGAAACAUCAGUGCUGGACAGUUUCUACGAUGCAGACAUUGCAGUAGUGGAUAUGAGCGACGUGUUUCGCCAGCCGUCCUUGUUCUACCACCUGGGCGUGAGGGAGAGCUUCGACAUGGCCAACAACGUCAUCCUGUACCACGACACCGACCCCGACACCGCCCAGUCGCUGAAGGACAUGGUGGUGCAGAAAAACACAGCCACUCGUCCUCCGGCAGUAGGUUUUCCGUGGGUUCAGUUGCCUCCAGAGUACAGAGGCUCUGGAUUGCGCAAUAAAGCAUCCAGUGGAAACUACUAUUUCAUCCCCUACAUAGUGACUCCUAACCACGAGUAUAUGUGCUGUGAGAGUGACGCCCAGCGCAGGGCCAGUGAGUACAUGCAGCCCAGCUGGGACAACCUGCUGGGGCCGCUCUGUGUUCCCCUGACCGACCGCUUCACCAGCCUGCUGAAGGACAUCCACGUCACAUCCUGCGCCUCCUUCAAGGACACCCUGCUGAACGACAUCAGAAAGGCCAGGGAGAAAUAUCAGGGAGAGGAGCUGGCCAAGGAGCUCUCCCGCAUCAAACUCCGAAUCGACAACACGGAGGUCCUCACGCAGGACAUUGUCAUGAACCUGCUGUUUUCCUACAGAGACAUACAGGACUAUGAUGCUAUGGUGAAGCUGGUGCAAACCCUGGAGAUGCUGCCGACUUGUGAUCUGGCGACCCAGCCUAUGAUUCAGUUCCACUACGCCUUCGCUCUCAACAGGAGAAACAGUCCUGGUGACAGGGAGCAGGCUCUGAGAGUGAUGCUACAGGUGUUACAGUCGUGUGAACAUCCGGCACCCGACAUGUUCUGCCUCUGUGGACGGAUAUACAAGGACAUCUUUCUGGACUCAGACUGCAAAGACACUAAAAACAGAGACAACGCUAUACAGUGGUACAGGAAGGGUUUUGAGCUGCAGCCUACUCUAUACUCUGGCAUCAAUCUGGCCGUCCUACUCAUAGUUGCUGGCCAACAGUUUGAGAGCUCAAUUGAACUCAGGAAAAUAGGGGUGAGGUUGAACAGUCUGCUGGGGCGCAAAGGUUCCCUGGAAAAAAUGAAUAACUACUGGGACGUGGGCCAGUUCUUCACCGUUAGCAUGCUAGCUAACGACAUCCCCAAAGCUACUCAGGCUGCCGAGAAGCUCUUCAAACUCAAGCCACCUCUCUGGUAUUUGCGGUCGGUGGUGCAGAACCUGCAGCUGAUCCAGAGGUUUAAGAAGCAGACGGUGGAGCAUUCCCCUCAGCGGGAGAGACUCAACUUCUGGAUGGACAUCAUUGUGGAGGCCACGCAGCGCACCACCAAUCGUCUGCGGUUUCCAGUGUUGAUCCUGGAGCCGACAAAGGUUUACCAGCCCUCCUAUGUGUCCAUUAACAACGAGGCAGAAGAGAAGAACGUCUCUAUUUGGCAUGUUUCUCCUGUCGAAACGAAAGGGAUCCACGAGUGGAACUUCACUGCAAUGUCCAUAAAAGGCAUUAGUAUCAGUAAGUUUGAUGAGCGUUGCUGCUUCCUCUACGUCCACGAUAACUCCGACGACUUCCAGAUCUACUUCUCCACUGAGGAGCAGUGCGGUCGGUUCUGUUCGAUGGUGAAAGAGAUGAUAUCAGACGGCACGGGAAAUGCUGUGGAGCUGGAAGGGGAGGGAGAUGGAGAUACACUGGAGUAUGAGUACGACACCAAUGAGACAGGGGACAGGGUGGUGUUGGGGCGAGGAACCUAUGGAGUGGUGUAUGCUGGGAGAGACCUCAGCAACCAGGUCCGCAUCGCCAUCAAAGAGAUCCCCGAGAGAGACAGCAGGUACUCGCAGCCCCUUCACGAAGAGAUCGCCCUUCACAAGUACCUAAAGCACAGGAACAUUGUUCAGUACUUGGGCUCUGUUUCUGAGAACGGGUACAUCAAGAUCUUCAUGGAACAAGUGCCCGGAGGAAGCCUGUCUGCGUUGCUGCGGUCUAAAUGGGGUCCACUGAAAGAGGCGACUAUAAUCUUCUACACCAGACAGAUCCUGGAGGGACUCCGAUACCUGCACGAGAACCAGAUCGUCCACCGAGAUAUCAAGGGUGAUAAUGUCUUGGUGAACACGUACAGUGGCGUCCUGAAGAUCUCAGACUUUGGUACCUCCAAGCGUUUGGCAGGAGUCAACCCCUGUACGGAAACAUUCACCGGUACUCUGCAGUACAUGGCGCCGGAAAUCAUCGAUAAGGGCCCUCGAGGGUACGGGGCCCCGGCGGACAUCUGGUCCCUGGGGUGUACCAUCAUAGAGAUGGCCACCGGGAAACCUCCCUUUCACGAGCUGGGGGAGCCACAGGCAGCCAUGUUUAAGGUGGGUAUGUUCAAGAUCCACCCAGAGAUCCCCGAGUCCUUGUCCCUGGAGGCCAAGUCGUUCAUCCUGCGCUGCUUCGAGCCCGACCCUCACAAGAGAGCCAUCGCCUCAGACCUGCUCAGGGACACGUUUGUCCGGCACAACACCAAGGGCAAGAAGAGCAAGAUCGCCUUCAAGCCAUCAGACUACAUCCACAACGUUUCCCUGCCGGUGCAGAUGCAGUGCGAGGCCACCGGCAGCAGCAGCAGCGAACACGGCUCCGUGAGCCCAGACUGCGACUCCAAGCACGACGUUUUCUUCCAGAAAAAGAAAAGCUCCGGCUCCGAGAAUCUGCUCAAACCCCCCAAUUCCAACUACCUCAGCGUGCCAGACGAGGGUUCGGUGUCGGAGGACCGCAGCGCCCCCCCCUCCCCCGAGGACAGGGACGGCGGCCUGUUCCUGCUGAAGAAGGACAGCGAGAGACGGGCCAUUCUGUACAAGGUCCUCAACGACGACCAGGAAAAGGUCAUCUCCAACCUCAAGGAGAACCACAUCCAGGGCAGCGAGGAGCUCCAGCUGUCUGUCGAUCACAUCAAGCAGAUCAUCUGCAUCCUUCGAGACUUCAUCCAUUCCCCAGAGAGGCGCGUCAUGGCGGCCACCAUCUCCAAGCUCAAGCUGGACCUGGACUUCGACUCCACCUCCAUCAACCAGAUCCAGCUGGUGCUCUUCGGCUUCCAGGACUCGGUGAACAAGGUCCUGAGGAAUCAUCACAUUAAACCCCACUGGAUGUUUGCCAUGGAUAACAUCAUCCGCCGGGCGGUGCAGGCGGCCAUCACCAUCCUGAUACCAGAGCUACAGACCCACUUCGGCCCGGCGUCAGAGUGCGAGGGAGCAGAGAAGGAGGACGAGGUGGAUGAGGAGGAAGCGGAGUUUGGCCCCGUUUUAGCGCCUCACGCUGACGACGCGGGGACGACGGCCGACCCCAGCCACUCUGCGGUCAGCACGCUAAACUCCGCCCACUCCCAGGACCACCAGCGCCCUCAUCAUCAGCUGGGAGCACAGCUGGGACGACUCAAACAGGAGACCAACAGGCUCCUGGAGGAGCUGCUGCAGAAGGAGAAGGAGUACCAGCAGGUCCUGAAGGCCACGCUGCAGCAGAGAACGCACGACCUGGAGCUGGUCAGAGUCAGACACAGGCCACCAGACAUGUCGCCGCCCUCCAUCUUCCACGUCCCAGCGGACCACGAGCCGGACAAGCAGCUCACUGAUUGGCUGAAAGAGCAGGGGGCGGAUGCCGACACCGUAGACAAGUUUGUGCUGGAGGAAUACACACUGACCGACAUUCUCAACGACGUUACCAAAGAUGACCUCCGCUGUCUACGUCUACGGGGUGGAGUCCUCUGCCGCAUCUGGCGAGCCAUCCAGCGGCACCGAGAGCGAGAGAGGCUGACGAGCGACGGGCGCUCGGAAGACGACGCGUGAUGAGGCGCAUGGACUACAACUCUGGAGGACUCUGUUUUGCAGAAACACGCACAUCCACACACUACCAGCCCUGCAUGGCCGCCUCUUUCUCCUCUCUUCCUCCGCUGUGCCUUUUCAUGUUGUAGCCUCCGCGUCGUACGCACAGGACUGACUGAGUCUCUGCUCAUCUGUGCAUCUCCCUACAGAGUCAGACUUUACCAGACCAAAGCGCUUCAGUGCAGGCACUACUUUAUGUAUCUUUAUGUGCACUUAAAUGUGUAUUUGCGCCACAAUAUGUACUUUUGCUUGAGGAUUUUCUAAGAAAAAUGCAUCUUGAUAAACAAGGAAUCCCCCAUUUCCUUCCUUUUAUGUAUGAAAUGCCAGCUGUGGACUUGAAAGGUGACCGUAAAAUGUUUGUGGCUCGUUUCUUCACGGAGAACUCAGGUUUUUACAGUCAAGAAAAAAGUAUUUCAAAAACUCCAUUAAAAACUUUUCAAAAUUGCAUCGCUCAGAACUGCUCUAAACUCGCUGAUUAUGCUGCAGAAGGGAUUUGAAAAGGUUCUAUAAAUGGUUUGAUUAUUUGAUUGGAAUUCCAUUUGUAAUAAUUAUUCCAAAACUGUGCAAAGGGGGAUACACAAGCGAAUGCAGGUACUAUCUACUGCCCUAGUCUGUGUCAGCUAAAGCCUAGUGCCUUAACUUUUGUAAGAUAAAAAUAAUGUAGCCACACUGAGAUGAUUUAUUGAAACAUGCACAGAUCAUGACCGCCAGCCCAUCACUGCCUUUAUAUUUGUACGCAUGUUAUUUAUUAGUUGUGUAAGAUUUCCUUUAUAUUCUUAUUUAAGUAGCUGUUAUUUUCUCCUCUGUGUGU